AUGGCUAUCCAUUCCAAGAAUGAGGCUUUGAUGUGCAAAGUUUUUCCGUUCGGCCAAGGACCCGUGGCGAUGAGAUGGUUCAACAGCUUGAAGAUGAACUACAUAGAUUCCUAUAAGCAGUUCACUCAGGCUUUUUGCUCUCGCUUUAUUACAAACAGCAGAGUCCCUCGACCCUUAAGUUCGCUAUUAUCUUUGUCUAUGCACGAGGGGGAAACCUUAAAGGCGUACUCGGAUAGGUAUUGGGAGAUGUAUAACGAGAUGGAUGAAAACCACGAUGACGUUGUCAUCAUCACGUUCAAAAACGGUCUUCCCACUGAGCACGGCUUAAGGAAGUCUCUAACUGGUAAACCCGUCACCAGCGUUCGCCAACUGAUGGACAGGAUUGACAAAUACCAAUGGGUGGAAGAGGACCAGCUACAAGGGAAAGGAAAGGAGAAGAUCAUUCCUCCCAAAGGGAAUGAUUACAGGUUAGAACGAUAUGACAGUAACCGGCCGAGAAGGGAUUUUUCGAGACAGGUUGGACAAACCAACAUGCAAGCGAUUAAUGCCGUAUUCAGAGAAAUGGUGCAACAAGUUCUGGAGAACGUAAAAAAUGAGCCUUUCUUCAAAUGA